UAACAUAUUGCUACUUGCCUUCCACCUUCUCUGAGGAAAAGAGUAAAUAAGGAACAACACAGUCAUACAAGAGUCUUCAUUCUAGAAGUGAUCUAGGAAUUAUGCUGAAGAAGUUCUGCAACUCUACUUUUUGGAAUUCCUCAUUCCUGGAUAGCCCGGAGGCGGACCUGCCACUUUGUUUUGAGCAAACUGUUCUGGUGUGGAUUCCCUUGGGCUUCCUUUGGCUCCUGGCCCCUUGGCAGCUUCUCUAUGUGUAUAGAUCCAGGACCAAGAAAUCUUCUAUAACCAAACUCUACCUUGCUAAGCAGGUGCUUGUUGGGUUUCUUCUUAUUCUGGCAGCCAUAGAUCUGGCCCUUGCACUCACAGAAGACACUGGACAAGCCACAGUCCCUGCCAUUAGAUAUAUCAAUCCAAGCCUCUACCUGGGCACAUGGAUCCUGGUUUUGCUGAUCCAGCACAGCAGGCGAUGGUGUAUACAGAAGGACUCCUGGUUCCUGUCCCUAUUCUGGAUUCUCUCAAUACUCUGUGGCACUUUCCAGUUUCAGACUCUGAUCCGGACACUCUUAAGGGGCAGCAAUUCUAAUCUGGCCUACUCCUGCGUGUUCUUCAUCUGCUAUGCAUUCCAGAUCCUGAUCCUGAUCCUUUCAGCGUUUUCAGAAAAAAACGACUCAUCAAAACAUCCUUCAACCACAGCUUCAUUUCUGAGUAGCAUCACGUUUAGUUGGUAUGACAGCGUUGUUUUGAAAGGCUUCAAGAAACCUCUGACGCUCGAAGAUGUCUGGGAUAUUGACGAAGAGACUAAAACAAAGACACUAGUCAGCAGGUUUGAAAAGUACAUGGCAGGAGAGCUGCAGAAGGCCAGGCAGGCAUUCCAGAAACGGCAGCAGAAGAACACCCAGCGGAACCCUGGAGCCAGGCUGCAUGGUUUGGACAAGAACCAGAGUCAAAGCCAAGAUGUCCUUGUCCUGGAAGAAACUAAGAAGAAUAAAAAGAAGUCUGAGACCACAAAAGACUUUCCCAAGUCCUGGUUGGUGAAAGCCCUCUUCAAAACUUUCUACGUCAUCCUCCUGAAAUCGUUCCUGCUGAAGCUGGUGUACGACAUCCUCAUGUUUCUGAAUCCUCAGCUGCUGAAAUUGCUGAUCUCCUUUGCAAAUGACCGUGAUAUAUAUCUGUGGACUGGGUAUCUCUAUUCAAUCCUCUUCUUCGCCGUGGCCCUCAUCCAGUCUGUCUGCCUUCAGUAUUACUUUAAACUGUGCUUUAUGCUGGGCAUGAAAGUACGGACCACCAUCAUGGCUUCUGUAUAUAAGAAGGCGCUGACUCUAUCCAACCAGGCCAGGAAGCAGUACACCAUUGGAGAAACAGUGAACCUGAUGUCUGUGGACGCCCAGAAGCUCAUGGACGUGACCAGCUUCAUCCACCUGCUGUGGUCAAAUGUUCUACAGAUUUCCUUGUCCAUCUACUUCCUGUGGGCGGAGUUGGGACCCUCAGUCUUAGCAGGUGUUGGGGUGAUGGUGCUCCUAAUCCCAAUUAAUGGGGUAAUCGCCACCAAGAAUAGGGCUAUUCAGGUUAAAAAUAUGAAGUAUAAAGACAACCGUUUAAAGAUCAUGAAUGAGGUUCUCAGUGGGAUCAAGAUCCUGAAAUAUUUUGCCUGGGAACCUUCAUUCCAAAACCAAGUCCACGACCUUCGUAAGAAAGAGCUCAGGAACCUGCUGACAUUUGGGCAGUUGCAGUCUGUGAUGAUUUUUCUCUUAUACUUAACUCCGGUGCUGGUGUCUGUGAUCACAUUUUCCGUUUACGUCCUGGUGGAUAGCAAUAAUAUUCUGGAUGCAGAAAAGGCCUUCACCUCCAUCACCCUCUUCAAUAUCCUGCGCUUUCCCAUGAGCAUGCUUCCCAUGAUAGUCUCUGCCAUGCUCCAGGCCAGUGUUUCCGUAGAACGGCUAGAGAAAUAUUUGGGAGGGGAUGACUUGGACACAUCUGCCAUUCGACAUGACUGCAGUUUUGACAAAGCUGUGCAGUUUCUUGAGGCAUCCUUUACCUGGGACCCACGAUUUGGAAAGUCACAAUCCAAGACGUGAACCUAGACCAUUAUGCCAGGCCAACUGGUGGCUGUGGUGGGCACUGUGGGCUCUGGGAAAUCCUCCUUGAUGUCAGCCAUGCUGGGAGAAAUGGAAAAUGUCCACGGGCACAUCACGGGCACUGUAGCCUAUGUCCCGCAGCAGUCCUGGAUCCAGAAUGGCACCAUAAAGGACAACAUCCUUUUUGGGUCGGAGUUGGAUGAAAAGAAAUACCAGCAAGUUCUGGAGGCCUGUGCCCUCCUCCCCGACUUGGAAGUGCUGCCUGGGGGAGACCUGGCUGAGAUUGGAGAGAAGGGUAUAAAUCUCAGUGGGGGUCAGAAGCACCGGAUCAGCCUGGCCAGAGCUACCUAUCAAAAUUCAGACAUCUAUAUUCUGGAUGACCCCCUAUCAGCCGUGGAUGCUCAUGUGGGAAAACAUAUUUUUAAUAAGGUCUUGGGUCCCAAUGGCCUAUUGAAAGGCAAGACUCGACUCUUGGUGACACACAGCAUUCACUUUCUUCCCCAAGUGGAUGAGAUUGUGGUUUUGGGGAAUGGCACCAUCUUGGAGAAGGGAUCCUACAGCACUCUGUUGGCCAAGAAAGGAUUGUUUGCUAAGAAUCUGAAAACAUUCAUAAAACAGACGGGUCCUAAAGACGAGGCCACAGUCAAUGAGGACAGUGAAGAAGAUGACUAUGGGCUGAUGCCCAGUGUGGAGGAAAUCCCUGAAGAUGUGGCCUCCUUGUCCAUGAAAAGAGAGAACAGUUUUCAUCGAACAUUUAGUCGCAGUUCUAGGUCCAGUAGCAGGCGUCUGAAGUCCUUAAAAGACUUGAAAACUCGGAAUGUGAAUAUCCUGAAGGAGGAGGAAGAGCCAGUGAAAGGACAAAAACUAAUUAAGAAGGAAUUCAUACAAACUGGAAAGGUGAAGUUCUCCAUCUACCUGAAAUACCUACAAGCAAUAGGAUGGUGUUCGAUAUUCUUCAUUAUCUUUGGGUUUGUGCUCUAUUCCGUGUCUUUUAUCGGAUCGAACCUCUGGCUCAGUGCUUGGACCCGUGACUCUAAAACCUUCAAUAGCACCAACUAUCCAGCCUCUCAGAGGGACCUGAGAGUUGGCGUCUAUGGAGCUCUGGGAUUAGCACAAGGCAUAUUUGUGCUCAUAGCAAAUCUCUGGAGUGUCUAUGGUUCCGUCCAUGCAGCAAACAUUCUUCACAAGCAGCUGCUGAACAAUAUCCUUCGAGUACCCAUGAGUUUUUUUGACACAACACCCAUUGGCCGGAUAGUGAACAGGUUUGCUGGUGAUAUCUCCAUGGUGGAUGACACCCUCCCCACGUCUUUGCGCAGCUGGGUUUUGUGCUUCCUGGGCAUCACCAGCACCCUGGUCAUGAUCUGCCUGGCCACUCCAGUCUUCGUCGUCGUCAUCAUCCCUCUUGGCAUCAUUUACGUGUCUGUUCAGAUAUUUUAUGUGGCUACUUCCCGCCAGCUGAGACGACUGGACUCUGUCACCAGGUCCCCAAUCUACUCUCACUUUAGUGAGACUGUGUCAGGUUUGUCUGUUAUCCGCGCUUUUGAGCACCAGGAGCGAUUUCUAAAGCACAAUGAGAUGGCGACGGACACCAACCAGAAAUGUGUCUUUUCCUGGAUUACCUCCAACAGGUGGCUUGCAGUUCGUCUGGAGCUGAUUGGGAACCUGAUCGUCUUCUUUUCAUCCUUGAUGAUGGUUAUUUAUAGAGAUACCCUAAGUGGGGACACUGUGGGCUUUGUUCUGUCCAAUGCACUCAGUAUCACACAAACCCUGAACUGGCUAGUGAGGAUGACGUCAGAAAUAGAGACCAACAUUGUGGCUGUUGAGCGAAUAAAUGAGUACAUAAACGUGGAAAAUGAGGCACCAUGGGUGACUGAUAAGAGGCCUCCAGAAGGUUGGCCCAGCAAAGGGGAGAUCCGGUUUAGCAACUACCAAGUACGGUAUCGGCCUGAGCUGGAUCUGGUACUGAAAGGGAUCACUUGUGACAUUAAGAGCACGGAGAAGAUUGGCGUGGUGGGCAGGACAGGAGCUGGGAAAUCAUCCCUGACAAACAGCCUUUUCAGAAUCCUAGAGGCUGCAGGAGGCCAGAUCACCAUUGAUGGGGUAGAUAUUGCUUCCAUUGGGCUCCACGACCUCCGAGAGAAACUGACCAUCAUCCCCCAGGAUCCCAUCCUGUUCUCUGGGAGCCUGAGGAUGAAUCUAGACCCUUUCAACAACUACUCAGACGAGGCGAUUUGGAAGGCCUUGGAGCUUGCUCACCUCAAAUCUUUCGUGGAUGGCCUGCAAGCUGGGUUGUCCUACGAAGUGACAGAGGGCGGUGACAACCUGAGCAUAGGGCAAAGGCAGCUACUGUGCCUGGCCAGGGCUCUGCUUCAGAAAUCCAAGAUUCUGAUCAUGGACGAGGCCACUGCUGCGGUGGAUCUAGAGACAGAUCACCUCAUCCAGACAACCAUCCAGACUGAGUUCUCCCACUGCACGACCAUCACCAUUGCCCACAGGCUGCACACCAUCAUGGACAGUGACAAGGUAAUGGUCCUAGACAAUGGGAAGAUUGUAGAGUAUGGCAGCCCUGAAGAACUGCUGAAAAACACUGGCCCCUUUUAUUUUAUGGCCCAAGAAGCUGGCAUUGAAAAUACGAACUGCACAGCAUUCUGACAGCAAAUCUUACAGGUUAGAGAAGGACUACUAGGAUCAUUCCUUAUUUUUUGUGAAGCGUAUCAUACAUAUAAAAGUGUGUGUAAAAUGCAUGUUUUAAAUAAGGAUCAUAAGUGAACACCCACGUCCCUGCCAGCCAAGAUUUUUUUUAAUGAGUAUUACCAGCUACAUCAGAAAACCCCUUAUGAUCCACCUUGAUCGUACCUCCUUGCUACCCACACCCCACAAAAAGCACCACCAUCCUAAUUUUUGUGAUAAUUAUUGCUUUGCUUUUUGUUUUAGUUUUGCCACUUUCCUUAAACAACAUGUACCAUAUUUUUAGCUUCUGUGAAUGGCCUGACUCAUACUGCAUGUAUUCUUCUAUGACUUCUUUUGUUCAAUAUUAUAUUUGAGAUUCAUGCACGUCCAUGCGUGAGGCUGGUUCAUUCUCACUGCUCUGUAGUACAGCAGUGUGUGAAAACGCCAGUUUAUCCAAUUUAGGUUGGUCAGCAGUGGGGUUAUUUCCAGGCUUUGUUGUUUUUCCCUGUUAUGAACAGUACUGCUAUGAACAUUCUGGUACAUAACUCCUAAGAUACAUGUGUAAGAGUUUCUUUAGGCAUAACGUAAAGGAAUGGGAGGUGUGCAUAUGUUUAAAUGCAUACAGUAGGCAACGCCAAACUGUUAAUGCCAAUUUAAAACAUUUUUGUCAAUCUGAUGAGUAUGAAUUGGUGUCUCCUUGAGGUUUUUAAAUGUAUAGUUCCCUGGUUACCAUUGAGGUUUCCGUAUGCGGUGUCUGCUGGUUCUUGUUCACGGUGCUUUAUUUCCUUGGAUACCUUGUGAAUGUUUACCUUAAGUUGCUCAAUCUCCUUAGCAUUUUUUUAAAAACUGAAGUAUAGUUGAUUUGCAAUAUUGUGUUAGCAUUUUACCUGUGGACAUUCUUUGAGGCCUGAGUUGAAUCUGAGCUCUCUUAAGAGGAAUUGUGAAAGCUUCUGCCUGCCACCUGGGGGCAUUACCCAGAAACAAUUUGAAUUAAAUACUUCACUAAGGGGUUUCAAACCUUACAGUUAGUGGGACUUCAGGCCACAGUCCUGUGCGAGAGCCAGCUUGUGGUUUACAGAAUCUCAAGGGAGCUUCUUCCCCUUGAUCUAGCAGCAGGUUGGAGAUGGACACGUGGCCUUGUUGACUCCUUCCGCGUGGCGGGGUUUAUUCUUCACUCACUUGUAUACCACAGUACAGCCCUUUCGGGCUCGGGUUCGUCAGAGGGUCUCCUGUAGCUUCUCCAUCUUUGGCAAGCCUUGGCGUUCUCUCUUGCCUCAGUAUCCUCUGUUGUCCACAAAGGUCAAGGUCUCCAGGUUUCAGAAGUCACCCUAAGCCUUGACCCUUCUUCUCCUUCCAGGGUUUUUUGUGUCACAUUAUUUUGGGUUCAGCAUAUUCCUUACCUCCAUUUCAGUGAUGCAGUUAUGAAAGAUUUUUAUUUAUUCAUCACUGUAGCUAUUUGUUGAAUGAGAUGCUCAGAGACUUAAACUUCCUAAAUGAGGGGCUUAUACAGCUGCAAGGCAGGAUGAGGAAGGGACAAGUUUCCUCCUAUUUGCUCUAAUCCCAUCAGCAUCACUCUAGCAAUGUUGGUUUCCCCGCAGUGGCAGUUUUUCCAAUACUGACAAAACCAGUGUGGUCUUGCCAGCACCAGCGGAGCAGCGCCCCCUUCUGGGAAGUCUGGGUUUCAGUUUCAGUGACGCCAGCCUCUUCCCUUUUGUUCCCGCAGCCCUAACUGUGAUGUUUGCUUUUGCCCUUGCUAGCUGAUACUUGUUUUCCUUUGGCCCUUUCUUCAAUGCCUAUUUAAUGAUUCUUUAUAUUGCUCUAUUAAAAUAACCUGUGGUUUUUGUCUCCUGACUAACCGAAUAGAUACAACCUUGGAGAUAAUCCAGUUCAAGUCCCUUAUUUUUUAGAUAAGCACCAGACUGAGAAUGGUUAUAUGAUAUCCGGAGUCAAAACAUGAGUGUUCAUGGCAGAGCCAGGGCCAGAAACCAACUUCCUGAUUUGAUCUAAUGAUUUCUUCUUUUUCCUAUAAUGGGAGAGGGUUUUCGAUCUACCUUCUCCUGUGGAUGCAGAUGAAGAGAGGGGAAGCGUUAUCUUUUUCUCAGUAGUGAUGACUCAGACAUCCAGUGAAGGUGGAAGGAACCAGAACCAGCCUGGAUCCAAAACUUUGAUGACGACUCCUCCCCUCCAGAUCUUCUGUUGGCCCAGGACCCGGGUAACCCAAUCCACACUAUGGACCACUUACAACAUAAUCGCUUUUUCCUACUUUCCUUCUGAGGUCCUCUUCGCUGCUUAUCCUUGAAGCAUUAAGAUGUCCCUAUGUUUUUGUUCUUGACCCCCCAGUUCCUCUAUAUUUUCUCUGUAAUUGAUUUCAUACACUCUUGUGGUUUCAACUUCUACACAUACGAUUCUCAUUUCUAGCCUCUUCCUCUGCUCCAGUUUUGAGAUUCAUAUAUUC